UGAGUCUGACCACUUCCGACUUCCUCCUUCCGUUGAGCUGGUCAAAGCUGCUGCAAUGGCAAAGCUAAUUUUGUUGUUGCUGAAAUUAUGUAUUUUAUUCUUUGUUGUUCAUGCUGUAUUUGAGGAUCAAGUAGGAAAAUUUGACUGGAGACAGCAAUAUGUAGGCAAAGUUCGUUUUUCUCAUUUCGACACACAAUUGCAGUCCUCCAAAAAAGUCCUUGUAGCAACAGAGAGUAAUGUUUUUGCAGCGCUAAAUUCCAGGACAGGAGAGCUUUUUUGGCGACAUGUGGACAAAACUGGUCCAGAGGGAAACAUCGAUGCCCUUCUGCACCAUGCACAAGAUGCGGUACUAGUGGUUGGAAAUGGGCGCAUGUUGCGCUCCUGGGACAUCAACGUUGGUGGUUUAAACUGGGAGAUGUUGCUGGACACUGGCAGUUUUCGAUCAGCAUGUUUAGUGGGGCAACAAGGAACAGUCAAACAUGUCGCUGUUUUGAAGAAAACUGUCAUCUCUGUCCAUUAUUUAUCCAAUGGGCAUCAAAAAUGGGUAGAGAACUUGCCAGAAAGUGAAACUGUGGAUUAUCAAACUGUGUAUUCGGGAGGAAAUGGUCAAGUAUUUGUUUUGGGAAUUGUUCCCCAUUCCCAUAUCACUAUUGUUGUUUAUAGCAUGGAAGAUGGCGAGAUAAUCAAGCAGGUCUCAGUUGAAGCUCCAUGGCUGUCCAACAUACCAGCCAGCUGUGCAGUGGUUGGUCAGGGGAUGUUGAUGUGUGUAGACUCAACAACAAUGUCCCUAAAUACACUCGACUUACACCAACAGCUACAGAUGACUCAGAUCCCCCUGCAGUCACUUGGACUUGAAGUGGACCCAGACUUUCAUCCGUCGCUUGUCUCACACCAGCCCAACCCUGCCCAAAAGCCAUUAUCAGAGUUCUUCCUUCAGCUUGGGCCCGAACGUUAUUUGCUUCUGCAGCUGAACAACGGGCAGAUAGUCACACUGAGAGAUUUCAAGCCUGCACUGCUGGCUUCGUUUGCUACCACUGGAGAGAAGACGGUCGCAGCUGUUAUGUCACCCAAGAAUAAGACAGCUUGCAGUAUCAACCUCUAUAGUGCAGACACCGGGCGCAGACUUCUUGACACAACUCUGAUCUUCACUGUGGAUCCUAACGGAGGAAAACCCGAGAGGCUGCAUGUCCAAGCAUUCCUGAAGAAGGACGACUCGGUCGGCUACAGGGUCAUGGUGCAGACAGAAGACCACGCACUGACUUUCAUUCAACAACCAGGCCGUGUGAUGUGGACCAGAGAGGAAGCCUUGUCAGACGUGGUGACAAUGGAAAUGGUGGAUCUUCCCCUCACCGGGACACAAGCCGAGCUCGAGGGCGAGUUCGGCAAAAAAGCCGCCAUUCAAGAUGGGUUGCUGUCGAUGGUGUUGAAGAGGCUCUCCUCUCAGCUCAUCAUGCUGCAGGCCUGGAUCGCCCACCUCUGGAAGCUGUUCUACGACGCCCGGAAGCCCCGCAGUCAAGUCAAAAAUGAAGUCUCCAUUGAGAACCUGUCGAGAGACGAGUUCAACUUGCAGAAGAUGAUGGUUAUGGUUACAUCGUCUGGAAAGCUGUUUGGCAUCGACAGCAAGACGGGUGGAAUUUUGUGGAAGCAUUAUCUCAACAACGUCCCGAAGAAUGCUGCUUUUAAAUUAAUGGUUCAGCGGACCACUGCUCACUUCCCUCACCCUCCACAGUGCACACUGCUCAUCAAAGACAAGGACACGGGUCUGGCCACACUUCAUGUGUUUAACCCCAUGUUUGGAAGGAAAAGUCAGGUCAUGCCACCUGCCCUACCUCAGCCAAUACUCCAGUCACUCCUUCUCCCACUUAUGGACCAGGAUUAUGCCAAGGUCCUGCUUCUCGUCGAUGACCAGUACAAGGUUUCUGCCUUUCCCUCAACCAAGAACGUCCUGCAGCAGCUCCAGGAGACGGCUUCAUCCAUCUUCUUCUUCCUCGUCGACUCCAGUCAGGGAAGACUCUCUGGCUACAGACUGAGAACGGACUUGUCGACUGAGCAGGUCUGGGAGGUCGUCGUUCCAACAGAAGUACAGAAGAUUGUCUCUGUUAAGGGGAAGAGGCCGAAUGAGCAUGUGCACUCACAAGGCAGGGUGAUGGGAGACCGCAGUGUGCUCUAUAAGUACCUGAACCCAAAUCUGCUGGCUGUGGUGACGGAGAGCACAGACGUGCAUCAGGAGCGCAGCUUCAUCGGGAUCCUGCUCAUCGACGGCGUGACCGGUCGCAUCAUCCACGAAGCUGUUCAGAGGAAAGCCAGAGGACCCGUUCACGUUGUCCACUCUGAAAACUGGGUUGUGUACGAAUACUGGAGCACGAAGUCUCGGCGGAACGAGUUCUCUGUCAUCGAACUUUACGAAGGAAUGGAGCUUUACAACAGCACCGUCUUCAGCUCGCUGGAUCGACCUCACGCCCCUCAGGUGCUCCAGCAGUCUUACAUUUUCCCGUCUUCCAUCUCCACCAUGGAGGCCACUCUGACUGAGAAAGGCAUCACCAGCCGCCAUCUGCUCAUUGGUCUGCCAUCUGGGGGGAUUCUGUCAUUACCAAAGAUGUUCCUCGACCCACGCAGGCCUGAAAUAAUAUCUGAGCAGAGUCGGGAGGAAAACCUGAUACCGUACGCACCGGAGCUGAUCAUCCGCACCGAGUGGUUCAUCAACUACAAUCAGACCGUGGGAAGAGUGCGAGGAAUUCACACGGCCCCGUCUGGACUGGAGUCAACCUGCUUGGUGGUGGCCUACGGUCUCGACAUCUACCAGACCCGUGUGUAUCCCUCCAAGCAAUUCGACGUCCUAAAAGACGACUACGACUACAUGCUCAUCAGCAGCGUCCUCUUUGCCCUUUUCUUUGCCACCAUGAUCAGCAAACGCCUGGCAGAAGUCAAACUGCUUAACCGGGCCUGGCGAUAAACGCCAUGUCAUCGAGUCCUGCACCAGAGAGCCCUGCGGCUGCACGACGGACCUCGCUCCGACGAGAUGAGACGAGACUGCUGAGGCCGUGCCUGUAGGGAAACACACAGGCCAAAGUUCAAUAAGGCCCUUAAGGAACUGCAGGGGACGGUGGGGAGGGGGGGGGUGAAACAAAGGGGUAGAAUAAGGUUUUAUGUGUUUGAUUUUUUUUUUGUUUUGUUGUUUUUUUUUAACUUAUUUUGCAAAAAGAAGAAAUGACACAUCCAUAAUAGAACCGUUUUUUUCCUCCCCACAUCACUUUAAUUAAAUGUUGAACACAUAACUAAUUACAAAUGAAUUUAACAGAGUUGGGUUUAUUAAAUUAUGUUUGUCAAAGUUAGGUGCUUAAAUAUAGUUUAUUAUAUUAAAAAAAAAACUUUACAUAUGGUGUAUACUUCAGCAGCCCUAAUGGAAAGUUAUAGUAAAUUCGGAAGUCGGCGCAGAAAUGCAAGAAAACUGUCUGUGAGCCUAAAUGGUUACUUUAAUAUUUGUUUUUUUUAAUCUGCUGAAUCACCAUGAUAUCCUGUAGUUUUGAUUUGAUAGGAAAGCAGCUGAACUCUAAGGCAAGACCAAGCAAGGACAAGAUGAUCUGCGAUCAGUCAUUAAGAUUUCUAACAGAAGGCGCUGUUAUAAAAUUAGAGGAAAAUGUCAAACAGUAGACCUCAUUUUCCCUGUUUGGAUCCAUUAAAAUCUUUCUGAGAACUC